GAAGCGGCCGGGAAGGUUCUGAGGCCGCCCGGACCAGGGGGGCGCAGCCGCGUGCGGAACCCGGACCCUGAGCAGCCCGAGCGGCCGCCGGCGGUAACUGCUGCGGCGCAACCCCAGCCCCGCGCAGCUGAGCCGGAGCAGAGCGCAGCGUGUCGGGACAGCUUCCUGCUGGGCUCCCCGGAGCAUGGGCGGCUGCUGAGUCGGCAUCGGGAGCUCCGCUUUUCAGCUGACGGGCGGCGGGCAGGGGCUCCAUGGCGACAGCUAACAAAGGAAACAAAAACAAGGUGGGCAGCAUCCGCUUCAGCGAGGCGACGACCAGCCACCCCACGGAGGGCUCCCAGAGCCACGUCCACUUCGACGAGAAGCUGCACGACUCGGUGGUCAUGGUGUGCCAGGAGCCCGACGGCAACUUCCUGGUCAAGAUUGGUUUCUUGAAGAUCAUGCACAAGUACGAGAUCACCUUCACGCUUCCUCCGCUGCCCAGACUGGGCAAGAACAUCUGCGCCCUCCCUUUCCCCAACCUUCACCUCAAAGUCCUGAGCGUGACCCCUGUUCCUGAAGGCUUCUGUGUGAAGUGUGAGUAUAUCGCCCACAAGGAAGGGGUCCUCAAGGAAGAGCUGGCGCUGGCCUCCGAGACCAAUGACAACCUCUCUGUCCAGGUGGUGCUGCAGGCCCGAGUGAUGGAUCGGCACCACGGCACCCCGAUGCUCUUGGACGGGGUGCGCUGCGUGGGCGCGGAGCUGGAGUACGACUCGGAACACAGCGACUGGCGGGGCUUCGAUUAAGGCCCCCCUCCUGUCUCCCUCCUCUGCCUCCUUCGUCCCCUCCCUCCCUGAUGGAGCAGCUGCCGAGGGGUCCCCUUUCCGUCCCUGGACUGGAUGCUUUGCUACUUGCAAGGGGGAGAGAACCGGGAAGGGCCUGGAGCCGGAGUGGGAGGAACCUCGGGGGUCUCCCUCCCGUGGGCAGGAGGAACCUGGGCCAGGGCUACCCUUCCCUUCAGCCUUAAAUUGCGUCCAUUUGUCUCACUCUGUGUUGCCUGGUGGCCCCUGCGGGGUCCAGUCUGGGGGGUUGGGAGGAUGGGGAGGGUGGAAGUGUUCUUAACUGGGUGGGUGGGUCUCGUGGGCUGCCCCCUCCCCGCUCUGCCCCAGCAUCCCCUGCUCCCUGCCGUCCAUUCGAUGCAGCCUCGCCAUGGAGUCCUGCGGCCUUAGUGGGGGGGUGGGGAGGGAGGUCUCCUGUGUGUGCCUGAAGGUAGCCUUGAGGGGGAUGGGGGCCUAUGGGCCACGCCCGGUUCCCAAGCCAUAGAGCAGGGGAGAGGCCACCCUGGGCCUGCCCCCGUCUGUCCGGCUGCUGCUGUACUGUCUGCUGCUUUAGCCUUCUCCCUCCCUCCCAGCUGCCCUGGGGGGUGGGCGUGAACGGAGGCACCGAGGGAGGGCCCCCCUCCGCCUUGCGUGCCCCCCGUGUGUGUGCCUGUCCCGUGUUUGUUGGCUGUUUUUUAAGUGACGUUGGGAUGAAACCCCAAAGAGAAGAAACAAGUUUCUGUGCAGACCUGA